GCUCUGUGGAGACCCUCUGAAGAGGAGGACCGACAGAGGGAGCCACCAGGUCACAUGACCGGCGAGGUGAAUGUGCAUGCGGGGAAAGAAAAGGAAAAGAGGAACAAUCUGUUCGACACGUUCUUGCUCUCUCUGUCCUCCCCCUUCCCCCUUUCUCUCUCUCUCUAUCUCACACACCCACACACUCUCUCUCUCUCUCUCUGACGCCUUCUUCUUCUCAAUGGAGGCCAUGAGAAGAAAGCAGCCCGCUGGUCUAGCCAAGGGCAGCGUGGAUAAGGGUGCAUCCACAAAGAAAGAGGAACUCGAUGCAGCAAGCAACGGAGAGGAGAAACCAGAUGUGGACAAAGAGGUAGCAGCCAGACUGGCCCCUUCCCCUCCAGCAGAGACGAUGCUUAACGGCACCGAAUGUGACGACGCGAGGCACAAGAGCCCGACACACGGCUCUGCAGCAGCCAACAACAAGACUUUACCGUUGGUUAAUGAAAACGGCACGUCCGACAUGGAGCCGCCGCACGGUUCUGUUACUGGAAGCAAUGGAUUCAUCCUCACUAAGCAGCAGCAGGAAGGCGGCGCCGCAGCGACGCCGGGUUUGGGAGUUUCCCCUCACAGGACUAACUGGUUGCCUUCGGGCUCACCAACAGGGGGACACACGGCCAAAUCUCCCCCGGCCUCGGCGUCUGGGUGUGCGCAGAGUUCAGGUGCACUAAGGACUGACCCCAGUACGGGGACUACGUCGGGACAGGAGACACCAGACACUAAAAGCGGCUCAGCCUCGUCUCCUGCCCCGGCUCCAGCACCCGUCACGAUACACAGAGCGCGCAAGACCAUGUCCAGACCUGCUGUCAGCCCGGCACAAAAGCUUCUUAACAGGGAAUUAAGAGAAGCGAAGAGUGCCAAACUGGAGAAAAUGGAGACUCAUGUUGCACCCGACGUUCAGAAAUCCUUGCAGCAGUCCUCCGCGCAGAACCAUCUACCUCAGAGUCCGCCGGAUACGCCAGCUUCAGCACAAACUGCUUCAUCAGCUUCACCAGCACCUCCUGCAGCUCCCGCAACACCUCCGGCUCCUCCAGCUCCUGCAGCCCCUCUGGCUUCACGGGAUCCUCCAGCUCCUGCAGCUUCAGGGGCUCCUCCAGCUCCUCCAGCUCCUCCAGCUCCUGCAGCUCCUCUGGCUUCAGUGGCUCCUCCAGCUCCUGAGGCUCCUGCAGCCCCUGAGGCUCCUCCAGCUCCUCCACCUCCUGCAGCUUCUGAGGCUCCUCCAGCUCCAGCCAAGCUCCAACUAGGUCCUUUCUCAGGAGGGUUGGCAUCCAGGAAGAAGAAGAGGAGGAUGGGAAUGUACAGUCUGGUUCCCAAGAAGAAAACCAAAGUGCUGAAGCAGAGAAGUGUGCUGGAAAUGUUUAAGGAGCUACAACAGUCUAGAGCCAAGAGCCCGCAGACUAAAGAGGUAGCAAACAUAAAUGGGGAGAAGGUCGAAAAUGCAUCUGAGGAGGAAGAGUCCGAGGAGAUGGAGUCUGAGGAGGAGGAGCGACAGCAGCCAGCAGAAGGACCUGUCGGGGCUGUCCAGGAAGCAACGUCUGACCCCAUCUCUCAGAUGGAGAUGGGAGAUGAGCAGGACUCUGAAGAGUCUGGAGAAGAAGAGGGAGAGGAGGAGGGCACAGAGUCUGACUUGAGCACAGAGUCCAGUCUGAAGAAGAAGUUGAAAAAGAAAAUAAAGAGAGACAGCGCGUGGCUCAGGCCGUCCAGGAAACGGAAGAGGAGGAUAAAGGGCAAAGAACUGGAGGCGGUGGAUCAGCCUCAGGCUUCAGCUCAGGCCCAGGCAGACGAUGGUAAAGAACGCACACAGAUUUCCUCACCGGAGUCUGUCAACCUCAACAAACCCCACGAGGCGGCAGUUCCCUCACAGAACAAAGCCGCUUCAGAGUCAGCGAUAGAAGAGGCUCAGGAGCUCCCGCUCUGCAGCUGCCGCAUGGAGACGCCCAAGAGUCGAGAGAUUCUCACCCUGGCAGACAGGAAGUGCAUGGCCACAGAGAGCGUUGACGGACAGCUGACCCGCUGCCAGGGUGCCAUACUGAAACAUGAAAUGAUGCGUCCCUCCAACUCCGUUCAGCUGCUGGUUCUGUGCGAGGACCAUCGCAACGGCAUGGUGAAGCACCAGUGCUGCCCCGGCUGUGGCUUCUUCUGCAGGGCUGGGACCUUCAUGGAGUGCCAACCAGACCUCAGCAUCUCUCACCGUUUCCAUCAGGCGUGUGCCUCGGUGCUGAAAGGCCAAAGCUUCUGUCCCCACUGUGGAGAGGAGGCCAGCAAGGCCAAGGAGGUCACCAUCGCCAAUGCCGACACCACCUCCACCGUGCCCCCCGCGCUCGCACACGGACCGGUCACGCCCGGGGUCCCAGAGGGCCGAGCAGACACCACCACUGGCAGCUCCUCUCGUCUUGCUUUGGGGGGUGAAGUCAGCGGCAGGGCCGACAGCUCUCUGUCCAAUCGUUCUUCUCACGGACUCGACACCUAUGCUGUUCCUGGGUCAUCCAAGACCGUGACACUGCUGGCUGGGACGGCGUCGCCUACAGUCCCUCAAGGACCACCUAGAGAGACCCUAGAGAGCAUCCUGGUGGCUCUCGACACAGAGAAGCCCAAGAAGCUGCGCUUUCACCCCAAACAACUUUACCUCUCAGCCAAACAGGGAGAGCUCAAGAAGGUCUUGCUCAUGUUGGUGGACGGCAUCGACCCGAACUUUAAGAUGGAAUCUCAGAACAAACGCACCCCGCUCCACGCUGCAGCUGAGGGAGGUUUUAAAGACAUCUGCCACAUGCUUGUACAGGCCGGAGCAAACUUGGACAUGUGUGACGAAGAUCAGCGGACGCCACUGAUGGAGGCCUGUGAGAACAACUACAUGGAGACGGUCCAGUACCUGCUGAGAGCUGGAGCCAGCGCCACGCACAAGGAUGUUGAAGGGUUCACGUGUCUCCACCUAGCGGCCAAGUCUGGCCAUUACAACAUUGUUGAGCACCUUCUGACAACAGGACUUAUCAACAUCAACUGUCAGGAUGACGGAGGUUGGACAGCUAUGAUCUGGGCGACGGAGUAUAAGCAUGCGGACCAGGUGAAGCUGCUUCUGAACAAAGGAGCCGACAUCAGCAUCAGGGACAAGGAAGAGAACAUCUGCCUCCACUGGGCAGCGUUCUCGGGCAGCGUGGAGAUCGCCGAGCUGCUCCUGAACGCCCGCUUUGACCUGCAGGCUGUCAACAUCCACGGAGACUCUCCUCUACACAUCGCCGCUCGGGAGAAUCGUUUAGAAUGUGUCACGCUUUUCCUCAAUCGAGGAGCAGAUGUGUUUCUAAAGAACCGCGAGGGAGAAACUCCUCCAGAUUGCUGCAGCCACAACUCGAAGGCCUGGGUGGCCCUGCAGGCCAACAGGAGGGAGAGGGACGCCAAGAACACCAGACUCACUCGAGCGGAGGAAAAAGUCCUUCAGAGUGACAUAGCUCUGGGGCAGGAGAGCAUUCCCCUUCCCUGUGUCAACUCUGUCGACAGUGAACCUUACCCAGACGACUACAAAUACAUCUCCGAAAACUGCGUCACCUCCCCCAUGAACAUCGACAGGAACAUAACACACUUACAGUACUGUGUUUGUAAAGAAGACUGUUCGACAAGUAUCUGCAUGUGUGGUCAACUCAGCCUGCGCUGCUGGUACGACAAGGGUGGUCGUCUUCUACCUGAAUUCUGCCGUGAGGAGCCUCCUCUCAUCUUUGAGUGUAACCACGCGUGCUCCUGUUGGAGGACCUGCAAGAACCGCGUAGUGCAAAAUGGAAUCAGGACCAGGCUUCAGCUCUUCAGGACCAGUAAGAAGGGCUGGGGUGUCCGUGCAGUACAAGACAUACCACAGGGGACCUUUGUAUGCGAGUACGUAGGUGAGAUCAUCUCCGAAGCAGAAGCAGAGAUGAGGCAGAAUGACACGUACCUGUUCAGCCUUGAUGAUAAGCCACAAGAUCUAUACUGCGUCGAUGCUCGUUUCUAUGGAAACAUCAGCCGCUUCCUCAAUCACAUGUGCGAGCCCAACUUGUUUGCCUGUCGAGUGUUCACGACGCACCAGGACCUUCGUUUCCCACACAUUGCCUUCUUCGCCAGUGAAAACAUCAAGGCUGGAGAGGAGCUUGGAUUUAACUACGGCGACCACUUCUGGGAAGUCAAAAGCAAGCUGUUCAGCUGCGAAUGCGGCUCUUCCAAGUGCAAGUACUCGUCAGCGGCCAUGGCGUCGCUGCAGGCGGACAGCACACCGGAGGACCAGCAGCAGCCCAGUGCGUCACCUGACACCAGCUCUUCCAACAGUCCCUCCAGUCCUUCCUAAAACCCUCCACACACACACACUAAGCUUCGCUACAUGUACACAUGACUGAUGGACACACCUGCGUAAUGCACCAGUCUGAACUUUUAUCAAUGAACUUGUACUGUAUCUCCACUUCUGAUUCAAACCAUGGACCUUUCGUGAGAACCUGUAAAACCGUUGUCAUACAGAACCAGAUGCACAAUCAAAUCCUGGAAGAACUUACUGCUCCGUUAUUCCACCCAGAUGAACAGCAGGGAGCAGCGUCGUCACGCACAGCAAAUGUCACAGGGACAAUAAAAAUCAGUCUUUACUUGUCAUACAUAAUGUCAUACAUAACUUUACUGGGAAGGAGAACUGUGCAUUUUGUCUAUUUUUUCCAAUAUGAUUGGUUGAAAUUAUCAAAUGGCUUUUCUUAUCGAGUCAUGAUCAAGGAACUUUGAGGUCGGGGGAUGAGGGUAUCGUUGUCUUUUGCAAAGACAACCUCAGCAUACAGCUGAGUUUAACUUGUUCGACCUUCGCGGUCAUUUAUCAUGAACCAUUCCAGCGAGAUUAGCUGAUAAAUAUUGAGCUAUGUUGCCACUUCUUUGCAUAACUUCAUCUUUGUUGCAGCGGUCUUUGAACAGACAUGUCCAACAUUUGCCACCACAGUUGAUUUUGAGUUGACAAAUGAACUAAAAUGAUAGGAAAGUCAAAGACAGGGUGCAAAAAAGUGGAUUGUUUUUUUUUUAUUUGCUACUCAAGCGAGUAUAGAUUGAGAGAAAGAUGCUGUACCAUUCCUCAAAAAUGAGGCAUUUCUAGUCUGCCCUUUUUAUUAAGCAUGUUGCCACAGAUGUGGGAGAAUUGAUUAAAUUGAAUGGCGUUUAAAAAAAACAAGAAAAAUGGUGCUGACAAAGGUUUUUACUUUUGUUUUCAUUUUUAUUACCCACGUGAACAUAGUUUGUAAGAUAAGAGAACGUUUUACGUUUUUUAUGUUUAAUUUUAACUCCACUUUUCUAAGCGUAGUUACUGUAGUUAAGCUAUUUUUGUUUCAUGAUUUUGCCGACAGAAGCCAACCCGUCUUUUUAAAUGUUGUUAGUAAAGCAGUGACUGUUGUGCAAAGUCUUGAAAGGUAUAAAUGAAAAAAAAGGUUAUAAAAAUGCAAUUCAUAACGUUCUGUUACAUAUUUCUGGACCGUGAACCAUCCAUCUAAUUGGUUGUAUCUUUUUCAAUAAAUUUACUACUAAUGCAUUUA